AUGAGCAAAGCGCUUAAAAAGCUACCGAAACCUCCGUCCGAUAUAACUAAGUAUGACAACGAACCAUACGCCAAAAAUCCCUUGCUUAAGUUUCGUGUUUCAAAUCUACGGAAGCAACAUCACUAUGAUCUCCUUAAACGAAAAGCUAACGAGGAGAAAGCGAAAGUAUUUCGAGAACCUGUUCCUAAACCAGAUCCAACUCGUCCAGUCCAGGAGUCGUAUUACAUUGCAAAACUCCACGAGGCAGCAAAUGAAAUGCCCAUUCCCAAAAUGAUGAAAGACGUAGAGCAAAGGAUAAAGGACGCUGUCCCGAAGAAAUUACGUAGCAAAUACCCUGACCUUGUAAAGCAAUAUAUGAGUGAAAUCCGCGAAGAGCAUGACAAAGUUCUGAAGGCGCACAGCAUUAGUAAGAUGCUGCUUCCGCCCAAAGAUGGUAUUGUGGAAAAUGUAUUACCUGAAAAAAUUGAUUUCACGUUUAAGCAUGCGGGAAAGACGAGCAACUACGCAGUUUUCGUCGAAAACAGGAAACGUCUGAAGAAAGAACUUUUUAUAACUCAACCGUUUGUGAGGGCAAUUUUGCACUAUUCCGAAUUGGAGUUUCCAGAGAUUUUGAAUAAUUAUGGCUCCUACAACAAUAAGGAUCGUCAAAAAGUUCCGUUGACACUGGCAAAGUUCUCCCAGCUCGCUGAAAGGGAUUUGCAGAGCAACAUACAUUUCAUGAAGCACUCGUGGUAUCCGAAAGUUAUUGCUGUUGUUAAGAAACAUUAUAAACGGAAGACUCUAACAAUCUCACACUGGAACCGUGCCUUCAGAUGUAUCAAAGGACUCAUCAAUAGGCAGAUAAAUAAUAUCAAGAUAAGGACUCUUGAUCACCUAAUUGGGGUGAUUUUGGAUCAUAAUAAAGUCCCAAUGUUCAAGCUGAACAUUGUUUGCUACAAAGAUAUAACUUUGGAGCCAUCGUUCUAUUCCAUAGUCAAAUGUUAUACAGACAUCCUUCGAGACAUAUCAAAAGUUGCAACAAAUCUCGAUGCUCUCGAGCUGCAAAUUGAUCGUCUUGCCUUUCCAGUUGCUCUGGAUAAACUCCCCAUCAGCAUCAAUGAAAUGUAUUUUGAAGAAGCUGUGGAAAAGCUGAAAGACGCUCUGGAGACCGCAUAUGCACCCGUACUGGAUUACUUAGACCAAUUCCAGGAGAAGUACCAUGAACUAUUCGACAGUCGAACGCGAGAGGAUCUACAAGCAUUCUUAGAACAGCCACACGCAUUCAAGGAGUAUUUCUCAAAAAUCGAACAGUUUAAUGCCUACAUUGACAUGCUAAGAAGUGAAAUGCAGCGAGAAUACUUUGAUAUCGCCAUAGUCGACAAGUCAAUGGCGAUCUAUGACCUGAAACGUACAGCAAACUCCUUUAUAAAAAUGAUCACUGCGAAAAUAGUCACGGAACACAUGAAUGAUCAGAAGGACAUUUGCAAGGCGUUUGCCGAAAUUAAAGAAAAGGCACUCCAGAUACCACGGUCUACGGAGGAGCUUCUCGCCAGUGGUGAAUACAUAACCGAAGUAAAGACUAAACUCAUUGCGCAGCUUCACGCUCGCAUCCAGGCAAGCCUGAAAUUCGGCGCUGAUUUAUUUGAGUUUGCCGAACUUAGCCAGGAACAUAUCAAACUCCAACGCACUACAAUCAAUUGGUUGGAGGAUAUCAAAGUGAUAUUUGAGAAAAAUACCGCGCUCCAAGAGACAUACAAAGUACAGUUCGAAGAGCAUUUGCAAUAUGUUGCAAAGAAGUUGACCGAUGAUGUGACUAAAAUGGUUCCCUCGGUCAAUAUUAUCAAUGAAAUGAGUGAUACUGAGAAGUUUCGAGAUUAUUUCACUUUAUUGGCGAAUUUUAUGGAUCAGUUAGAGGUAUUCGAUGAUUACGUGAAGUGGAUCAAUAAGGAGGAGAAGUUGUUCAAGUUUCCUAAAUCGACGUAUCCUACAUUAGAGGCAUUGAAGGAUUUUGUGAUUCCGUUCGCAGCUUUAAUGAAAUUAUGCAUACAAUGGCUUCGCUACUACUUCGUCUGGAUGGACGGCCCAUUCGAGUACCUAAAACCCAGUUUUGUCCAAAGAACAACAGAUAAAUUCUACAAUGAAUUUGUGAAGACCCAAAAGUAUUAUUUGAAUCGAAUCAAACAAGAUUUGAUGGGUAAUCCUGUUUGCAAAUUCCGGGGACAAACCGAAGACCCCGAUCCGGAGAAACAUCCUGUGCCCUUACGUUUAUGUGGGAAAAUGAUUCAAUGGAUAAAUGACUUUCGCACAGGAGUCUUCAUAGUGAACGUUAUGUGCAACCCAGCCCUACGUCCGCGUCAUUGGAAAGAGAUGUCUGAAGUUGUUGGAUUUGACAUCACCCCCAAUGCGGGCACAACUUUGCGGAAAAUAAUGGAUUUGAACAUCUACGAUAAACUUAAUAGCUUAGAAGUCAUUAGUGUCGGAGCAAAUAAGGAGCUUCAGCUCCAAGGAAACCUUUCAGCCAUGACCAGUGAAUGGAAUGUGAUCGAGUUCAAAACAGAGAUCCAUAAAGAAGCCAAAUUAAGAAUACUUUCAAGUUUGGAUGAUAUUCAAACCCUCUUAGAUGAUCACAUCAUUAAAACAUUAUCAAUGCGAGGAUCAGCGUUCGUCAAACCCUCGGAGAAACUCGUUCGAAAUUGGUAUGACAAGUUGUUGAGAAUUAACAAAACUUUCGAGGAAUGGCAGAAGGUUCAGUACACUUAUUUGUACUUGCUCCCCAUAUUCUCUUCAAAGGACAUCAUAGCUCAAAUGCAACCGGAAAACGAGCUCUUCCUGAAAGUGGGAAGCAUUUAUACCCAAUACAUGGAGACAAUAAGGACCAAUCCAAAUGUUAUGGAGACUGCUCCCUUGGAGGGAUUUCUGGAAGAAGUUUCCGAAGCUCACCGUCUACUUGAAGAAAUAAUGAACGGUGUUAAUGCAUACCUUGAGAAAAAGAGAGUGUGUCUGCCCCGGUUUUUCUUUCUAUCCAAUGACGAGAUGUUAUCGAUUCUAUCAGAAACGAAAAACCCCCUCAACGUUCAACCGCAUCUGAGGAAAUGUUUCGAAGGAAUCGCUAGUCUAGAUUUCGACGAAAAUCUCAACGCAACUGCUAUGAUCAGCGAACAACAAGAAAGAGUGGUCUUCAAGAAUAAGGUGUCCACACAUGCAGCCGGUGGGAAUGUGGAGAAGUGGCUUGCUGGGGUUGAAAAGGAAAUGUUGUCAGCUGUGAGAAGGGAAAUAUGUAGGGCUUUUAAAACUUAUCCGGAAAAUCAAAAAAUAGGUUGGGCACUCGAGUGGUCACAGAUGGUCAUAUUAUGUGUGACGCAAAUCUAUUUCGCUGCAGAUAUGCACCAGCUCAUGCAGAACAAUUCUGAGCAAGGACUCAUCGAUUAUAAAACUCGGCUGAAUCGAGAACUAGAUGAAAUGGUCAGUGAAGCACAAUCAAUGGAACUCACCAAUUCACAGAGAACUGUUAUAAAAUCAUUGAUUGUGACAAAAAUUCAGUCGAGGGACAUUGUGCAGAAAUUAAUCGAAAAUAGAGUUAGUAGCGAGGACGACUUCCACUGGAUUGCGCACUUACGGUUCUAUUGGCAAGAUGGGAAUGUCCUGAUCCGAAUUAUAAAUGCUACCAUGAACUACGCCUACGAAUAUUUAGGAAACUAUGAUCGUCUCAUUGUCACAUCUCUUACUGAUCGCUGUUUUAUUACUUUGAUCAGUGCAUAUCAAUUACACUUGAAUGGGGCUCCCGAAGGUCCUGCUGGCACGGGCAAAACAGAGACUAUCAAAGAUCUAGCCAAAGCUCUCGCCGUGCAAUGUAAAGUCUUGAAUUGCUCAGAAAGCAUGGACUAUGUUUCUCUAGGAAAGAUAUUCAAAGGACUCACAUCGUGUGGUGCUUGGGUUUGUUUCGAUGAAUUCAACAGAAUCAACUUGGAAGUCCUAUCUGUGGUAGCUCAACAAGUUCAUAGCAUUCUGCACGCAGUUCGGGCAAAUUUGCCGAGUAUUUUCUUCGAGGGAACUCAAAUCAAAGUCAAACCCUCCUGUUAUAUAUGCAUCACGUUAAAUCCAGGAUAUGCAGGUCGAUCUGAACUACCGGACAAUCUGAAAGUUCUGUUCAGACCGGUGAGCAUGGUCACACCGGAUUACGUGAUGAUUGGCGAGACUUCGUUAUAUUUGCAUGGCUUCAAGAAACCAAAGGAACUGUCUGUGAAAAUCGUAACAGCUUAUCGACUUUGCUCAGAAAGGUUAUCCUCACAAAACCAUUAUGAUUAUGGAAUGAGAACCGUAAAGACUGUCCUUUCAUAUUGUGGCCACAUCAGAAAACAAUUUCCAAGCGAGUCAGAAGACUGUCUGGUUAUAAAGGCGUUAAGGGAUGUAAACAUACCAAAAUUUCUAUCGCAUGACAUUACGUUGUUUGAAGACAUCAUUUCCGAUUUGUUCCCAACUACAAAUUUUCAAGAAACAAACUACGUAGACCUAGUGCCAAUUUUCCGCGAAAUUUGUAAAGAGAUGAAAUUGCAACCCAAAGAUGAAUUCUUCUCAAAAAUCAUCCAGACUUAUGAAACUAUGAAAAUGAGGCAAGGUUUCAUGCUAGUGGGGGAUCCAAUGACAGGGAAAACAACAACAUUAAAAGUUCUUAGAAGAAUGAUUGAAAAGCUAAAUGAAUCUUUGGAAAUACGGGUCCACACUGCUGUUGUUAAUCCUAAAUCAAUAACCAUGGAUCAAUUGUAUGGAAUUUUCGAUAGGAAUACAUUCGAAUGGAAGGAUGGAGUGGUCCCUAUUAUUUUCAGAAAGUUUGCGACCGACACCUCAUCUGAUCUAAAAUGGCUUAUUUUUGACGGUCCCAUAGAUGCUAUUUGGAUUGAAAACAUGAAUACUGUCCUGGAUGACAACAAAAAGCUGUGUUUAACUUCAGGGGAAGUCAUCUCCAUGACUCCGCAAAUGUCGGUUAUUUUCGAAACAUUGAAUUUAGCCCAAGCGUCACCAGCUACUGUAUCCCGAUGCGGAAUGGUUUACUUUGAGCCGAACACUUUACGUUGGGAGACUUUUGCUGAGUCAUGGCUGGAAAGGUGCGAUCGUCGCUGGGCGAAUGAAGGGUCUAAAUUGAUAAUGCCUCUUCUAAGAUGGAUCAUUCCACCGGCAUCAGAAUUUGUUCGUAAAUCAUGUUACCAGUAUCCAAUAAGCGGAGAGUUCAACUCAAUCCGCUCCACUUUAGAUAUUUUCGAAAUGUUACUCCAAGAUGCGCUCGAAGACAACGUUGAUGAGUAUCAAAGAUACCUGUCAGCAUGGUACCAAGCAGCUUUGUUGUAUUCAGUUAGUUGGGGGAUCGGCGGAGUGCUCGAUAGUGAAUCUAGAGCCAAGUUCGAUGUCUUCCUCAGAUCAAUAUGGAGUGGCCAGAACCCAGAUUUCCCGAUACCGGUACGGAUUGAAGUUUCUAUACCAUCUGAAGGACUGCUCGUUGAUUAUAUGUACAUAUUCAAACAAAAGGGUACCUGGAAAUAUUGGCCAGAGUUAAUAAAAAGGGUAGAACCGGAAGACAGUGCAUUGGGAAUGCUAGUAGCCACAAUUGACACCGGAAGAUAUAUGAAUCUACUGGAUAUGCACGUUAAGCAUCGAAAGAAAGUUCUUUUCGUUGGUCCAACUGGCACUGGUAAAAGUUUCUAUAUGAAGCAUAUGCUUAUGAACAAGUUAUCAACGGAGAAAUACACACCAGCGUUCAUGUCACUCACCGUGAAAAUAUCAGCCAAACAGACUCAAGAAACUCUUAUAUCAAAGCUGGUGAAACGACGCAAAGGCAACUUCGGACCUCAAAAAGACAAACUUGCCAUCAUAUUCAUCGAUGAUAUGAACAUGCCCGAAAAGGAUCCAUAUGGAGCCCAGCCACCUAUCGAACUUUUAAGACAAUUCUUCAACUAUGGCUACGUAUACGAUCUAGUUGAUAGGCAGAAAGUGACCAUCGACGAUGUAUUAAUCUUUUCCGCUUGUGGAAUCCCAGGGGGAAGCCGACAAAAUGUUUCACCAAGAUUUCUUUCCCAUUUCAACAUAUUCUCUAUCAACAAUUUCUCAGAGGAAACAGUCAACAAAAUCUUUACAACCAGCCUCUUCCUAAGCUUCAAAAAAGGCGGUCACGGCAAUGAUGUCUUAAACUACGUUAAUCAGAUAGUAAGCGGUACUCAGCAACUUUACCACAGCGUCUGUGAGGAUUUGAAACCUACUCCUUCAAAGUCACACUAUAUAUUCAACACAAGGGACAUAGCGAGGGUAUGUACGGGGUGCUCUCUAUUGAGGAAGGAAUCUAUGGAUAGCAAAAAGAUUUUCGCAAGAUUAUGGUACCAUGAAUGUCUGCGAGUUUUCCACGAUCGACUAAUUAACGAAGUGGACCAAUUUUGGAUUUUCAACAAAAUGAAUGACAUAAUCAAGGAAACAUUCCAUGAGGAAAUGGAAAGUAUUUUCGAGAAUUAUUGUGAGGAAGGCAGUCAACUUACUCUUUACAGAGUAAACCAAAUGAUGUUCGGCUCUUAUACAGAUGAAAAUGUUAGCCCCGACGAUCGAAAGUACGAAGAAAUCCCAUCCAUUGAAGCAUUCAGUAGAAUCGCCUAUAAGAAGUUGGAAGAGUAUAAUUCAAAAAGGAAGCAUAAAAUGGAUAUCGUGCUCUUUGUAUACGCUUUACAGCAUCUAAAUAAAAUCUGCAGGAUUAUAAGCAUCCAAGGCGAAAGUGGGCUGCUUGUCGGUAUUGCUGGUACAGGACGACAAUCCUUGACCAAAUUGGCUGCCGCAAUUUGCAGAGAAUCUCUGUAUCAACCAAAAAUUACAAAAAACUAUAACUUGACUGACUGGCAUAAUAAUUUGAAAGAAGCCUUCAAAGAAGCUGGAGGCGAGGGAAAGGACACGGUUUUUCUGAUAAGUGAGCAUCAGAUUAAAAUGGAGCGUUUCCUGCAAGACAUUGACUGCAUUUUGAAUCAAGGCGAGGUUCCAAACAUUUAUGCCAUUGAUGAAAAGCAGGAGAUUCUAGAAAUGGUCCGCCUUGCGGCUCAAGGAGGCAACCGCAAUGCUGACAUAACACCUCUAGAAGUGUUCUCGUAUUUUGUUAACCGCUGCAAGCAGAAACUUCACAUAAUUCUUUGUUUCAGUCCGAUAGGAUCUUUGUUACGGUCAAGGAUAAGACUUUACCCUUCUCUGGUGAACUGCUGCACCAUUGACUGGUUUCAAUUAUGGCCGGAAGAAGCAUUGCAUGCUGUUGCUGACCACUUCAUAAGUCAAACCGGUAUAGAAGAAUCUGUGAAAAACAGCACCGUAACCGCUUGCAGGCACAUUCAUGUGACAGCCGGGCCUAUCAUUGAGGAAUUUUGUACGGAAACUGGUCGCCCUGUUUACACUACACCAACAUCGUAUCUGCAGCUCCUUCGUUUAUUUCAAAUACUCGUGAAGAAAAAACAGGAAGAGAUCAUGAAUCUGAAACUCAGAUAUGUAGCCGGUCUGGAAACUCUCCAGAAAGCAACUGUUGCUGUAGCUGCCAUGCAAAUAGAAUUAAGCGCUUUGCAACCUAAACUUCUGAGCAUGGCAGAAAAUUCCAGAAAAAUGAUGGUCGAAAUAAACAAGGAAACAAUUGCCGCUGAGAGUGCUGCUGAACAAGUUAAGAAAGAUGAAUUGGUAGCGAAUGCGCAAGCGACUGCUGCACAGACUUUGAAGGAUGAAUGUGAGAAAGAUUUAGCUCAGGCAAUCCCCGUUCUGGAAGACGCCAUUCAAGCUCUGAAUACCUUGAAACCCGCUGAUAUAACUUUGGUUAAAUCCAUGAAAAAUCCUCCCUCAGCUAUCAAAUUGGUCAUGGCUGCCGUUUGUGUUAUCAAAGGGGUUUCUGCAGAUAGGAUAAAUGAUCCGACAACAGGGAAGAAAACCAACGACUACUGGGGACCAAGUAAACGAAUUUUGGGCGAUAUGGGAUUUCUCCAGUCUCUUAAAGAUUUUGAUAAGGACAAUAUCAACCCAGAUAUUAUGAAACGCAUCCGAAAGGAUUUCAUUCCACAUAAGGAUUUUCAACCUCAUAUUGUAAUGAAAGCGUCAAGUGCAGCUGAAGGAUUAUGCAAGUGGAUUAUUGCCAUGGAUCUAUACGACGCUGUUGCUAAGAUUGUAGCUCCCAAGAAAACUAGACUUCAAGCUGCGGAGAAGGAGUACGCGGAUACAAUGAAAAUUCUCAACGAAAAGCGGGAGAUGGCAGAAGCUUUGGAAAAGCGUGUCAUGCAACUAAAUGAGGAAUUAGAACGAGCCAAUGCAGAAAUGCAAAGAACAUCAGAUGAAGUGGAGUUUUGUAAAGGGCGACUUCUUCGAGCGGAAACUCUGAUUAGCAGCUUAGGUGGGGAAAAGAAUCGAUGGUCCACCACAGCGAAAAAUUUACAGAUUCAGUAUGACAAUAUACCAGGAGAUAUCCUCAUAUCUUCUGCUGUGGUAUCAUACCUACCAGCUGUAACCAUUAAUUUCCGUCAAAAGUGCAUUGAAAACUGGUUUAAGAAGUGUCAUGAGCUGCAAAUUCCUUGCGCAGAUAAUUUUAGUAUAUUGACCGCUCUAAGUUCCGAGAUACAGAUUCAAGAGUGGAAUCUUGAAGAUCUCCCCAGAGAUGCUUUUUCAAUAGAGAACGCAGUAAUAAUGGCGAAUUCGAACAGGUGCAGCCUUUUCAUUGACCCACAAGGACAAGCAAAUAAAUGGAUCAAAAACAUGGAGCGGCUUAAUCGGCUCCAAAUUGUCAAGUUCACCCAAAAGAAUUAUAUGAAAGUAAUUGAAUCCUCUAUAGUUACUGGGCGUCCAGUUUUAAUUGAAAAUGUUCUCGAAGAGUUGGAUGUAUCGCUAGAACCAAUUCUGGCGAAGCAAAUAUAUUCUCAAAACGGAGCCGAUUUCUUAUGUCUACACAAUAAUAUAGUAAAAGUUUCACCCAAAUUCAAACUUUAUAUGACGUCCAACCUCAGAAAUCCUCACUAUCUGCCAGAAAUUUUUAAUAAAGUUACGAUCAUAAAUUUUGCUUUGUCUCCACAAGGGUUAGAAGAUCAAUUGCUUGGAAUAGUAGUAGCCAAAGAGCGACCAGAACUCCAGGAGUUACGGCAGACUUUGAUCGCCCAAAAAGCAAAAAAUAAAACUAUGUUGAAACAUGCCGAGGACAAAAUCUUGGAGACGUUGUCGUCAAGCAAAGUUGAUAUUCUAGAGAAUGAAGAAGCAAUAAGGAUUCUGGAUGAAUCUAAAAUUCUGGCUUCCGUCAUCAAAUCGAAACAGGAGGCAUCUGAAAAAACUGAGAUAAAAAUUGAAACUUUCCGAAUGAGCUAUAAACCGGUAGCCAUUCACUCUUCAGUUCUUUACUAUACAACUACGGAUCUUCCCAACAUCGACACAAUGUAUCAGUUCUCCCUAAAUUGGUAUACAAACCUCUACGUCCGGUCAAUUGAAAGCGCGAAUAAAUCGAAAGAUUUGGCGAAACGCCUCAAAUUUCUUAUGACUGCCAUAACAUUGAAUCUAUACAACACAGUCUGCAGGUCUAUUUUUGAGAGGCAUCGCCUCCUUUUUUCUUUCAUACUCACCACAAAAAUAAUGAUAUCCACAAGGCAACUAAAUGAACAGCAACUCGCCUUCCUACUUUCAAAGAGAAAUGGAAAAGUAGAAGAUAAUAUGGAAGCGAAUCCGGAUAACUCCUGGAUAACUGAUACGAUGUGGAAUAAUAUAACCAGUCUGGAGUCAAUUCCAGAGCUAGUUGGAUUUGGGACUUCUUUCCAAUCAAAUCUGGUAGCUUGGAAGAGCUACUUUCAAUCGGUUGAGCCACAUGAAGAAAUCCUUCCUGGGCCUUGGGAAGAGAAGGCCAGCCAUUUUGAAAAAAUUCUCAUUCUUCAAGCUUUACGUCCCGAAAAAUUAUACUUGGCCAUAUCAAAGUUUAUCAGCACUGAAAUGGGUUCCCAAUACAUAACCCCACCACAAUUCAACUUGCUUAAAUCCUAUGAAGACUCCAAUUGUUUGUCACCUUUAAUCUUCAUUUUAUCACCAGGAGUAGAUCCAAUGGCAUCUCUGCUCCUGUUUGCAGAAAAAAUGGGCUUCGACGAAACCUUCGAAAGCAUUUCAUUAGGUCAGGGGCAAGGACCAAUAGCUGAAAAGCUUAUAGCAAAUGCUCAAUUUCAAGGAUCGUGGAUAUGUUUGCAAAAUUGUCACUUGGCUGCAUCUUGGAUGCCAACAUUGCAGCGAAUUUGGGAAAAUAUGGAUUUGUAUAAUACAGCUUCAACGUUCCGUUUGUGGCUAACAAGUUACCCAUGGGAUGCAUUUCCUGACAUGUUGCUCCAAAAUGGCGUAAAAGUUACCAAUGAGUUACCAACUGGACUUCGCGAGAACUUAUUACGGACAUAUCAAACGGAACCAAUGAGCAAUGAUAAAUUUUAUACAGGUUGUCCCCAAAAAGAUCGGGCCUUUACACGAUUACUAUACGGAAUAUGCUUUUUUCAUGCGGUUGUCCAAGAGCGCCAAAAAUUCGGGUCACUUGGGUGGAAUAUACCAUACGGUUUCAACGACUCAGAUUUUCAGACCUCAGCCCAACAACUCCUAAUGUUCCUGAAUGUCUAUGAGAGUAUACCAUACAACGCCCUAAGAUACCUUAUAGCUGAAUGUAACUACGGUGGACGAAUUUCGGACAAAUCAGAUCGGCUUGCUAUGAGCAUGAUCUUAGAGCACUUCAUUAACGAGGAUGUCGUUAAUGACCUUCGCUACAAAUUCGGUGAAGAUGACAUUUAUAUCUUGCCAAGAAAAUCAGAACACCGAGAAAUGGUGCGGUAUAUCCAAGAAAAUAUUCCUACAAGACCUAAUCCCGAAGUAUAUGGCCUGAACCCUAACGCUGGAAUCAAACGUGAAUUAGAAGUUUCCAGCAGUCUGCUGGAGUCCAUGGUCAUGGCCACUACCAUUAAGCAUUCUAUCCAGGAUGCAAUGGACAAUGGAAAUGGUAUCACUCCAAAACUAACUGAAAUUUUGAAACACUUACCCAUCGGGUUCAAUUUAGAAGAUGCCAAGCAAAGAUAUCCAGUAUCCUUUGAAAAUGUCAUGAAUACCAUACUAAUACAGGAGAUGGAAAGCUAUGAAGAAUUAUUGGAACUUAUCAGGAAAACCUGCAGGGAUCUGAUGGAUGCCAUUGAUGGAACAAUUCCCAUGACACCAGACUUGGAGAAUGUUAUGGUCAUGAUAAAACUAGACAAAAUUCCCAAUUUGUGGGUGAAGCAUUCAUAUGAAACUGCGAAAAGUUUAGGUCCUUAUAUUCAAGAUUUUAUCAGGAGAAUUAGAUGGAUCGAAAAAUGGUUUCAAGAAGGCAAGCUUACUACCAUAUGGAUUUCUGGAUUAUUCCUUCCUCGUGGUUUCCUCACCGGUGUAAUCCAAAACUAUUCCAGGAAGUAUAAAUUAUCGAUUGAUGAAAUUACGUUUGACUUCAAAGUAUUAAACAGUGAAAGCACGGAUUCUGAAGCACCUGAGACCGUAGUCGUAAGUGGAUUCUACAUCGAAGGGGCGAAAUGGGAUUUAGCGGAAAAUCAUCUAACUGAACAGCUUCCAAGAAUAUUGACAGAAAAAAUGCCCGAUAUUCUCUUUAAGCCGAUAUUAAUGAAAAACCUCAUUGAAAACAGCCGGUACAAAUGCCCUGCCUACAAAACAUCCGAGAGACGUGGACUUAUUACCACGUCAGGACACUCCACUAAUUUCAUUUUGGAUAUUUUACUCGAAUCAAAAAAGCCAAAUAAACACUGGAUUAAAAGGAGCGUUGCACUAGUUUGUCAGACUACUGAGUGAUAAAUAACUAAAGAUUCUGAAAUAUUUAAAAUCAGAUUAUUUUUCUAUAUUCCCUAU